GCAUCGAUCCAUCGCGCGCCACCGAUAUGUCACCCCACGCGAACGCUUGUUUUGAAGAACCUUGCUACCCGACGGGAGGCUACCAAAACAAACCGCGACCCAGUUUUCCGAAGCCGCUAAUCACGGUGCAAGGCAUUUCCCAUGCCCUCAACCCGGGAGACUUUUCGAGCCUUCACCAACGCACGUACGACUUGAGGCCGGAAUGGUUCGAGGGCUUCCAACUGAACGCCUCCAAAACAUUGGCGGUGCAUCGUCUCAUACGAGCUAGCUGGCAUCUGAGCCAUAUAACACCCACCGGCUUCCGCAUUGGGGCGCAAUUACACCGGAAAUGCAGCGAUACCGUUCUGAAAACCCCGAUACUCGCCUUCGACGUAAACCCAGGCACACUUACUUCGAACAUUUUCCUUCUGUAUCGGCCGGUGGCAUCGAUCUGCACGGAAAUGAGUAUUCAGCUGAAACCGCAAACCCAUUCGAACCCGUUGAUUGAUAAGCUUUCGCUGCAGCAUACAGGGACGCGAACCACCACCACGCUGCGUUGCUACAAUCCGACCCACCAGUCCUGCCGGGUCACGCUGGAUCACCUCAUGAGCUACAACGACAGGUUGGCAUUCGGGGCGGAACUGCUAUACGAGUGGUACCGGGACACCACCAAUGCUCAGAUGGCAAUCGCUGCAAGAUACAGCCGGGAGAAAUAUUCGUUUGCUAUUACCGGAUCCAGGGAAGCUUUCGAUCUAAGCUACUGGCGAAAGGUUAAUCGUGACCUGCAAAUCGGAUCCUCGUUGGCGUGCAGUCACCGGGAAGGCAAAGCCAUUGGCACCAUAUAUUAUCGAAUUGAGCGACCAGAUUGUACCAUCCGCGGACUGUUCGAUUCGGAUUGGUCUGUUGGAUUCACUUACCAGAGGAAGCUUUCGGAGCUGCCGGUUGGAAUCGGUAUCAGUCUAUUAUUUUGCAUUCCGAAAAACACAUUCCAAUGUGGAUUCAAAAUUGAUUUGGACUCUAAUUUGCUUUAAUCGGAUUUACGACUGCCGGACAGUGCUGCCAGCUUCUGUUUUGGUGAAUAUUUCGGCUCAUCCUGCUCAUAAAAGGCUCAACAACCAGAAUGCAAUAGAAGCUGAAAUGUAUCGUCAUUAGCAAUGUUUUGUUUCCAGAAUGAAAUUUAUCAUCAAACUUUUAACAGCUGUCUGAACGGAAUUCGAUUCAUCAUUUGGAGGAAAUCUGAAAUCGGAAACGGAGGAUACAGUUGAGAAAAAAAAUGUAUUCAAUACAAUCGA